AUGAGCGUCAGAGACGGCGCGCAAGCCUCCCCGCAAUCGCCACUGAAUCAAAUACCCGAGGUGCACGACAAAACGAUUGACGACAUAGACAAACUCGACGUAGAGAAGCAAGCCGAGAUCGAAACAGCAGACAACUCGCGAGAAACGUCGUCGACACCAUCCCCUGCCGCAAGUAUACAUCGGGAAGAUGGCAAGACCAUCGUCAGCUUCAGUGAUGGCGAUCCUCUCAAUCCAUAUAAUUGGAGCCAAACGAAGAAGAUAUACGUUGUCCUAGCUUCAAUCUUUAUGGUCUUCAACAGUACUAUAGGCAGCUCGAUAGCCUCCGGAGCGACUGAGGAGACUUCUCGAUAUUUUAAUGUCACGAACCAAGCACAACUUGUCCUGCCCGUUUCAAUCUACCUGAUCGGCUACGUCCUUGGGCCAUUAGUGUUCGCGCCCAUGUCCGAGACCUAUGGCCGCAAGAUCGUUAUGAUAGGCACCUUCGUCGUCUUCACAGCCUUCACACUCGGUUGUGCUCUAGCACCUUCAUUCGCUGGCCUGAUCGUCUUCCGAUUCCUGACCGGCGUCGGCUCUUCCACGCCAAUAUCUGUUGUGGGAGGUAUCUAUGCAGACAUCUACAGCACUCCAAGAGCGAGAGGUCUCGUCAUUACUCUGUUCAUGGCAGCAACUACCUGGGGUCCAUUGAUCGGUCCGAUAGCUUCGGGAUUCGUGUCUGUAGUAUCGUGGCGAUGGUCGUACUGGGUUCUUUUGAUCAUCGCUGGAGCGACCUGGCCUUUCCUCUUGUUUAUGCCGGAGACAUAUGGCCCGGUGAUAUUGGAGAGGAAAGCCAAGAAGCUGCGCAAGGAAACUGGCGAUGAGAGUAUAGUGGCGCCGAGUGAGUUGCAGACAAGAGACUUUCACGAACUGGUUGUAGUCGUGCUUAUGCGACCUAUCCGGAUGUUCUGCACCGAGGCCAUUGUCCUGACCACAUGCCUCUAUCUGUCAGUAAUAUAUGGCAUAUUCUACAUAUUCUUCCAAGCAUACCCGGUUGUUUUUGGUGGCGUGUAUGGCUUCAAUGCAGGAGAAACGGGUCUCACCUUCCUGCCGAUUGGCGUUGGCUCUGUUAUAGCGACUGGCGUCUAUCUGGCCUGGAACGAUUACUACGAGAAAGCGCUGAGAAAAUCUCCACCACCGCAAUGGACGAAAGUUGAGGAAUAUGCUCGUCUACCACUGGCCUGUUUCGGUGGGCCACUGUUCGUAAUCUCGCUGUUUUGGCUCGGCUGGACUGCUCGAGCAGAUAUCCACUGGAUUGUGCCAACACUGUCUGCGCUACCAUUCGGCAUUGGCUUCCUGCUGAUAUUCAUGGGGGAGCUGAACUACGUGGUGGACGCUUACGAAGUCUUCGCCGCCAGUGCCAUGGGAGCAGCGUCGAGCUCGAGAUCCAUAUUCGGUGUGGUUUUGCCUUUUGCUGCGAAGCCGAUGUAUGAGCGUCUGGGUAUUGCGUGGGCUUGUACACUGCUUGCGUUCUUGAGCAUGAUCAUGGCGGCCGUGCCAUUUAUUUUUAUCAAGUACGGAGGUCAGAUUCGUGCCAAUAGUAAGUUCUGUCAGGAGCUUAAGCAGAAGAAGGAAGCGAAAGAACUCAAGGAUAGAGAAGUAAGAGAGCGGAGAGUCAGCAGACAGCAACUAGAGGACGAUAUAGAGAAGCACGCAUAG